AUGCAUUCCCUCGACGAGCCGCUGGACCUCAAGCUCAGCAUCUCCAAGCUCCAGGCGGCACACGCCAAGGGCGACCAGACCCUGGGUGGCCCCAGGCCCCGAUCCUUCCGCCAGGACUUCCGGAUCCGGGAGGACAGCAGCCCCGACUCGCCUCAUUCCCCACUCGACGGUGAGUGGCUGAGGGGUGGGCUGGGUGGGUGGAGGGCAGAUGCGAAGGGAGGUUCUGCUGGAGUGGUGGAACUGGGGCGGGGCAGGGGGGUGCAGGGCGGAGCUUCUUCAUUGCAUCUCUCCCCCUCCUUUGCAGGCCUCCAGUUGCACCCCAAAUGCCACGACAAGAGGGACACCCGCUUCUCCAACACCCCCACCAUCGACCUGAGCCUUUCUCCUCCUCCUCCUCCCAGCUUGGACUCCCCCGGCGGGGGCCGCGCCUCGCUCUCCCCUGACAGGCAGAGCGGCGGGGAGUUGGUGAGCUCCUCCGCCCUGCGGGUGAGUUGCUGGGGGCAGAGGAGGUUGCUGUGCCCCAGGGUCCUGCACAAGGGAUGUGUCCACUAUUUGGGGACUUCCCUGGCUUUUUUCUGGCCCAUGUAGGACCACUCUGGAUAGUUAGCCUUGGUGAAGACUUGACGUUUUCAUCCCCAAAAAGUUUUUGAUUUGAGUUUCCAUUGAAAUGAGGCUGUAUUUUUCAAUGUUUUAAUGUUGUAUUUUAAUCUUGUUUUUAAGUUGUAUUUCAAUCAAUUUGUUUUUAUAUCGGGUGUUAGCCACCCUGAGCCUGGUCUAGACUGGGGAGGGCGGGGUAUAAAUAAUUUAUUAUUAUUAUUAUUAUUAUUAUUAUUAUUAUUAUUAUUCUGUGGGUGGCAGCCGAGCGGCAAAAGUGCUCUGGCACCUUCCCUGGCAGCAGCCCAGUGAGGCAGCUGAAAGGGAGACAAGGCAACUCUCAAGGACCGCAUCCUGCGAAACUCCAGCCCACUGAGAGGAAGCCAGACUCUGGCUGAGCUGGGAGGGCAGAGGGUUGGGCUAGAUGACCCAUGGGGUCCCGUCCAACUCUGCAGUUCUAUGGGUCUCCUGCAGGGGAGGGUGGGCAUCCUCUAAGUGGCAGAUGGGGGGGAUAGAUGGGGAGGGGGAGCCUCCUGCCUUGCCCACCUUUGCCAUUCCUCGCCAAAAUAGGAACCUGCAACCUGUCACGUAAAGUAGUAGUUGUCAUAUUUAAUUAAUAGUUAAUAUUAGUUAUAUUUAUACCCCACCCAUCUGACUGGGUUUCCCCAGCCACUCUGGGCAGCUUCCGACCAAUUAAAACAUCAAACACAAUAAAGCAUCAAACAUUAAAAACUUCCCUAAAUAGGGCUGCCUUCAGAAGUCUUCUAAAAUUCAGAUAGUUGUUUAUUUCCUUGACAUCUGGUGGAAGGGCGUUCCACAGGGCGGGCGCCACUACCAAUAAGGCUCUCUGCUUGGUUCCCUGCAACCUCACUUCUCGCAAUGAGGGAACCGCCAGAAGGCCCUCGGCACUGGACCUCAGUGUCCAGGCUGAACGAUGCGGGUGGAGACGCUCCUUCAGGUAUACUGGACUGAGGCUGUUUAGGGCUUUCAAGGUCAGCACCAACACUUUGAAUUGUGCUCGGAAAUGUACUGGGAGCCAAUGUAGGUCUUUAAAGGACCAGUGUUCUAUGGUCUUGGCAGCCGCUCCCAGUCACCAGUCUGGUUGCUGCAUUCUGGAUUAGUUGUAGUUUCCUAGUCACCUUCAAAGGUAGCCCCACGUAGAGCGCAUUGCAGUAGUCCAAGCGGGAGAUAACUAGAGCAUACACCACUCUGGCGAGACAGUCUGCGGGCAGGGAGGGUCUCAUCCUGCGUACCAGAUGGAGCUGGUAAACAGCUGCCCUGGACACAGAACUGACCUGCGCCUCCAUGGACAGCUUUGAGUCCAAAAAGACUCCCAGGCUGCACACCUGGUCCUUCGGGGGGCACAGUUGCCCCAUUCAGGACCAGGGAGUCCUCCACACUAGCCCGCCCCCUGUCCCCCAAGAACAGUACUUCUAUCUUGUUAAGAUUCCUCCUCAAUCCAUUGACUGCCAUCGCAGCAUUCCUAGGCUUUGUGGGCCAGACCAUCAAGCCCUCUGCUUUGCCAGAAAAAUGCAGGGGACCUUUCCGUUCCUUUCCAACCCCGCCCCCCUUGUCCCCCCAGGACCUCCAGUCCCUGCGCUACAUCGAUGGCCUCCGCAGCUCCUUCCAGUUCUUCCUGCCCCUCAACUCGGGGGGUGCCUUGCACCUGCCUGCCUCAGCCUUCCUGGGGGCCCCCAAAGAGAAGCGCCUCUCCCCAGAGAUGCCCCUGCAGAAGCAGCUGGUGUGCCGGUGGUCAAAGGUGAGCAGUGCCUUUGGGCUGGGGGCCCCUCUCCCUCCAGGGCCCUGCUGGUCUCUGUUGAGGCUGAAGCCCCUCCCUCCUCUGCUUCUUCCUUCUCCAGUGCAACCAGCCCUUUGACCUGCUGCAAGACCUCGUGGACCACGUCAACGACUUCCACGUGAAGCCCGAGAAGGACGCCGGCUACUGCUGCCACUGGGAGGGCUGCGCUCGCCAUGGAAGGGGCUUCAAUGCCAGGUAAGCCAACUGCUCACUGCACAGGCAUCUGGGGAGUGGGAGAGACCCCUGACCCUCCCUCAAGGGGCUUGCAGGCUUCCCAGGGACUAUGUGCACCAGGCAGAGAGCAGCAUCUCCCGUAGAGCUGUGCUGAGCAGACAUCCAGGCAGCUUCUGGCAUUGCUGGCCGCGGGUGCGAGUUGCAGGCUGACAGCGCCUUGGAUGGGCACCACGUUGGCUACCCGUGGCUCAGAAGGGGGGGCAGCAAAAUCCCUCGCGUUUGAGCUCCCCAAAUCCGCUUGGCUUGUGCAGAGUACAAGGCUCCCCUUUGAGACUUUGGCAGAACUUGCAAGUCAGGCUGCCCAUUUUGGUUGGCAUGGGGCUGGGGGUGGAAAGCCCUUUAUUAACCCCGUGGUUCUUGGAGGGUGGAUCCCCAGGGCCAGGCUGCUGCCAGCGGUGCCCCUUCCCUGUAGGACAGCCUUUGGGAACUUUCCAAAGAAUGGAGGAAGCGGCCUUGGUUUGGGGCCUCCUGCUUAGAGGACGCUGUCUCUCUCUUCCCCCCUGGCAGCCCCCUGGCUGUGGGGAGGGAGACGGAGCCUCAGGAGUGGCCAAGCAGGGUAUGGGGAGCCUGGGGCCCCCUCCCCGUCUUGUUUGGCUCUGGACUUGCUCCAGCAGUCUGCAGUGCCAACAGUCGGGGUGACCAUGGCAGCCGCAGAUUCUUUGCCCCUGUUAAAAGCACUCUGGGAAGAAGUCUCUGCUCUCCUCCUCCCCCCCCCCCAUCUUGACGGGCUCCUUCCUUCCCUCCCCAGGUACAAGAUGCUGAUCCACAUCCGCACGCACACCAAUGAAAAGCCCCACCGCUGCCCCACCUGCAACAAGAGCUUCUCUCGGCUGGAAAACCUGAAGAUCCACAACCGCUCCCACACAGGUGAGUCUUGGGGCCAGGGAGGUGGGCGCACUUUUGCAAGCCCCUCGGCCAGAGUCCAGGUGUCCCUUCUGAGCAGAGCAGCUGCCUUGCAGGGGACAGACGGACGACAAAGCUUUCCAGGAAGACUGGGAAAGUUCACGGAGGAGGAGAGGGCUAUGGAAGACUACUAGCUGCAGCAACGAUGCUUCUGAAUGUUGGUUGCUGGAAACCACAGGAGGGGAGAGUUGCUCUCAUGCUCGAAUCCUGAUUGCCGGCUUCCCACAGGCAUCUGGGUGGCCGCUGGGAGAAGAGCCCGACUCUCAUGUUCCUAUAGAAUCCUAGAGGUGAGGCACGGGGAGGGACCCCCGUCUAGCCCAACCUCCUGCAAUGCAGAAUUACGUUCCUAAAGCUCUGACUUCCAAGUCUCCCUGCCCGCUUUCCUUGGGGGAAUCUGAGAUGCUGGUGGCUGUCAACUAGAGUCUGCGUUCUAUAGUUUGGAGUGUGCCGCAGUUUGGAGCAGAGCUUUCCAGACUUUUAAUGUUGGUGACACGCUUUGUAGAUGUGCAUCAUUUCGCGACGUAGCAAUUCAGUUUUACAGUCAAACCUUGGUUCUCAAAUGGCUCCGUUUUUGAACAUUUCGGCUCCUGAAACACCAAAAACCCGGAAGUAAAUGCUCCGGUUUUCAGAUGUUUUUUGGAACCCAGUUGACUACAAUAAGCUCUUACAACCAAUCAGAGGUUGCGUCUCAGAAGUCGAACGGGCUUCUGGAACAGAUUACGUUUGACAUCUGAGGUUUGACUGUACAGUACUAGCAAAUCAGAGGUUAAACUAACCCCUUUCCAGCCCCGGGAGGAGUGUGGGUAGUGUUAGUGUGUCACACCUACACACUGCAGCCAACACACUAACGUGUCACGACACACAGUUUGGAAAGCUCCAGUGUAGAGUGCCUUCUGGGCCAGCUCUUUGCGAUCUAUUGAAGAAUGAAGGGGGCACAAAAUGGUGGCGUCGCCAGGCUCCAUCCUGGCACCUUCACUUGUUCUCAAGAGGUGCAAAUUUCUAUUGCUGGUUUCAAGGAAGCCUUUCCCUUAAUAUCUCACGUGUCCCUUCCUCCCCCCCGCAGGCGAGAAGCCCUACAUCUGCCCCUACGAAGGCUGCAGCAAGCGCUACUCCAACUCGAGUGACCGCUUCAAGCACACCCGCACGCACUACGUGGACAAGCCCUACUACUGCAAGAUGCCUGGCUGCCACAAGCGCUACACAGACCCCAGCUCCCUGCGCAAGCACAUCAAGGCGCACGGCCACUUCAUCUCGCACGAGCAGCAGGAGCUGCUGCAGCUGCAGCCGGCCCCCAAGCCCUCCCUGGCGGCCCCCGCGGACGUGCCUUACCUCAACGGGGCGCAGAUCAUCAUCCCCAACCCCGCCGCCCUCUUCGGCAGCCACGGCCUGCCCCUCCCACUGGCCCCCGCCCCACUGGACCUCAGCGCCCUGGCCUGCGGGGGGCUGGCCGGCCUCCACAGCCCCGUCCUGGCGCCCCUCAACCUGGCCAAGAACCCGCUCCUCGCCUCGCCCUUCGCUGCCAGCAGCCUGGGGCUGCCCGUCGUCUCCUUGCUGGCGGGGGCCGCCUCCGCCAAGGCCCUGCCUGAGAGGAGCGCGGCCCGGCCCAGCAAAGGCGGCGGGGGCGGGCAGGGGCCGCCGCAGAGCUGCAAGGAAGCCAGCGGGAGGACUGAGCGGGGCCGGGGGGGCGCAGAGGGCCUCUCGCUGCUGCCUGCGGGGGGCGCCCUAGACCUCUCCACUGGCAUGAACUCGGCGGGCAGCUCGGACGGCCUGCCCCCCGGUUGGGUGGUCAUCCCCACAGGCUCCGUGUUGCUGAAGCAGGCCGUGGUGAACUGA